GUAGAUUUGUGAGAGUGCGUGUAGACUUAUUUAAUAAGUUAUCAUUUAAAUAUAUGUGUUUGUAGAUAUAUAUAGUGAUUAGGUUUAACUAAUGUCCUGUAAUUUGAACGGGAAUCUAGGCUUAUCGCAUUGUUUUCAAGAUUGUCUCAAUAAAACCAACUUACAGAAAUGGCAGUUGCUUCGCAAAAGUUGAAACUCAAGCAGACACCCACAGACAAGUGGUCAGCAAAAGAAAAGUUAUGCCUUGCAUCCUCAGUGCUUCGUAGUGGUGAUCAAAACUGGGUAUCUGUGAGUCGUGCCAUAAAACCAUUUGCAGAACCAAACCGUCCACCUGACUGGUUUUCACAGAAGAACUGUGCACUACAGUACUCUGACUUGUUGGAGAAUGUGGAAACUCCAAAGAGAAAACGUGGAGAAAAAGGAGACAUAGAAACACCAGGGGAUGUAAUCAUUAGAAAACUGACCAUUGAACGGAUAGAGGAACUAAAGAAAUUUAUUCAAGAAGAACAACAAAAACAUAAGAAAUUAAAGAGAGAAAUUGAGUUAGUAAGAAGUGGUCAUGCUGAUGACAAACUUGAGGAAAUGUGGAAUCAGAUUCAAGAAGAAAACAAAGCUAAGCAAGCAGCAGAAGCAGAACAUCAAGUCUGGCUUCAAGAAAGAGAAGCUAAGAUUGCUGCUUUUAAAGCAUCUAAAGCUGGAUUAUUGGGAAAAACCAAAAAGCCAGGAGACAUGCAGUUUUCUUUAGACGUUCGACGGAAUAGUUCUCAGUCUGAACAAAGUGAGCACGAAAAUACUGUAGACUCACCCCUUAGUGAGCCAUUGAGUGUAGAGGUGGAAGAUGAUUCCAGCCCUUUACAUCCUUGCAUUGUUAGUGGUGGAGAUACAUCUCUAAGCACAACAAAAAAUGUGUUAACAAUUGGAACGUUACCACCUGUUGUGUCUACUCCAACUCCAUCUCCAACAACACCAGGAGUGUCAUCUACUUCUCCACUCUUAACUUCAUUGUUGAGGAGUCCAACUGCAGCUACCCCAGCUUCACCUGGUGUAUCCAUGACUUUGUCAGCUUGUGGUGUCCAACCUAAAGAGGGAUCUGUACCUACUACUUCACAAGCUAUUCCACGACCAUCCCCAACAUCACAGCCUUUCUUUAAUCCCACUAGUGCCCUUGCUACAGCAGCAGCAAGACAGCUGGCUGUAGCAACAGCUUCUGUCUCAUCUGUAUCUCCGAGUAACACUCAGCCAGAAAUCAGUGAAUCUUUACUGUUUACAUCCUCACCUUCAACUUCAUCAGCACCAACUUUGUCCAAAUUACUAGAGUUGCCACCAAGUUUACCUGGAAAACUUCCCUCAUUACCGAUACUCUUCCCCAAGGAUGCCCCUUCUGUUAAUAUUCCUUCAUCCACCUUUUGUAUAGAUGCUACUUCAACAGCAACCACCACAUCAUCAACUACAUCCCAACCAGCUUCUGAUUCUACCAUAGUUGCUGAUACAUCAUCAAGUGAAGUAACUGAAGCUCCGACACCUUCCAACCAUAUUCCGAGUAACAUAGUAAAAGAAAAUGAAGCAUCAGAUUCAUUAUUGGCUAAUGAUGUAACUGUGAAACAGGAACUACCUGAAGUUGAAUCAGAACAUUCUUUGUCACAUCUUUUGUUACUAGACAAUCAAACAACAGAAACAGAAAAUAAAGCAAAGGUAGAAGAGUCUGAAAAAGCAGCAGUAAAGGAUGAUAUUAAACUUGAAGGUACAGACCUUGAAAGAAUAUCUGAUGUGUCUAAGAUCAUCAGGGAAGAAGAAUCAGAACUGUUUAGCAGUGAGCUAGAGAAAAAAACUGAUGAAUUAACAUUUGCCCUUGAAAAGGCUUCAACGAAAAAUGAAAAUAAAAGUGUUCUACAAGGAAAUAACAGUGAAGGUACAGAGCAGUCUAUUCAGAGCUCCUGUAUUGUACAAGACGACCAUUUUUCAAAACCUUCUUUCAGCAAAAUGAAGGCCUCAGUAGCAAGUUUUAUAGAGAUGUCAUCAGUGAGUGAAAUUCAUCAAGCAUGUGAAGAUGAUGCAAUCUCUGACUCAUUUUCCAAACCAUCAACUGGUUCUGUAGAUGAAGUUGUACCAUGUGAAGAAAAGCAAACACAACAAGAAUUACAACAGGUAGACAAAAAACAAGAAAAUAUGGACUAUACAGUAACGAUGGGAAAAGAAAAUUUUGAAGAUGAGAAUAAUAGUCCUUUAAAGCUAACUUGUUACAAAAAAUUACCAAAUAAUAUACCUGAAAAAUCAACAAUUAAAGAAAAUGAAAAAGAAAGAGAAAAAAAUGAAGAUGACAAUGAAAUUAAUGUGGACAAUCAAAAGCUACAAAGUAAAAGCACUGAAAUAAAAACAUCGAUGAAAAAUGAAGGAAAAACAGAAGAAAAGGCAGAUCAUGAAGAAACAUUAGUAAAGAAAGAAAUUAUGGAAACAUCUCAAUUAAAAGAUCAAUCUCAAGGCUUACAAGAACCUGUAUUGAUCUCAAAUCAUAAAGAAACAUUGUCUGAAACAUCUGAAAAGCCCCCAUUACCAUCUACUAUUAGUGAUCCAUACCCUGACAACAAACCUGAAGAGGUUCCACCUCCCCCCAAAAAAGUGAAGCGAGGUCCUGGCCGCCCUCGAAAAUAUCCUCUUCCUCAACCUAAACCUGAAUCAAAAACAGAUACUGAACAAAAGAUAAGCCAAGUAAAACAUGAAGCCUCCAAACUAUUGGAUGGGAAGGAAAAGCGAAUAAUUAAACAAGAACCAGAUGAAGAUGGAAAAAGUGCAUUAUCUUCUCAAGAUAUGGAUAUGAAGGAGGAAUUGCCAAUUGAAGAACUUCUCUCAGAUACUAAAUCCAAAGCACCAUCAUCUGUCAGUGAUUCUGUUCCAAAUAGUCCCUCUUCUACAUCACAAGGAGAGGAUGUUGAAAGCCAGCGAGACUACAAAGUUUGGAAGAAAGCUAUUAUGUUAGUGUGGCGUGCAGCAGCAAACCAUAAAUAUGCAAGUGUUUUUCUUCAGCCUGUCACAAAUGAAGUAGCACCUGGUUACCACAGUAUUGUAUACAGACCUAUGGACCUUUCAGCUAUAAAGAAGAACAUAGAAAAUGGUAUCAUCAAGACAACUUUGGAAUUCCAGAGAGAUAUGAUGCUGAUGUUUCAGAAUGCCAUCAUGUAUAACAGUUCUGAUCAUGAUGUCUUUGUAAUGGCCAUUGAAAUGCAAAAGGAAGUCAUGGAACACAUACAGGACUUUCUUGCUACACAACUAAUGGUACAGACAGCAGACACUAAAGUGUUAAGAGGGAGGGAAAGGGAAACCAGGGAAAAAAAGUUAGAAAACAAUGAUAAGGAAGAAGAGAAAAAGAAAAAACCUUCCUCAUCAGAUAAAGAAUCCAAAAUACCAAAAAAACGUCCAUUGUAAUGUGGAAAAUUAAUGUGUUUGUAGAAGA